CGGGAAAAAAAAAUUGUCUUGUUCCAUUUACAAACUUUAAAAAGUAAUGAUCCUGUUUUAUUGGGCUGAUUUGUUCAGAAAGUUGGCGUUCACUUACCAUAUUGGUACUUCCGGUUCCCGAAAUAAAAAAUUGAAGAGAAAAAAAAAAAAGUAUAAAUACCCAUUUCACUUUUUACAAAACAAAACAAAAAAAAUAUAGAAAAAAUGAAGUUUAUUUUUGCUGCCAUAUACGCUGUCGCUGCAGUUCUUGUUUCUGGUCAAGAAUAUACUGGCCCCGUCUAUGUAACAUCUCCUCUUCCCGGUACAGUUUAUAACGCUGGUAGUGCUGCUGUCAUCAACUGGAUCAACCCUGUUACCGAUGUUAUCAGCAAGAUCAUUUUAGCCCAAGGUAGCGCCACGAACAUUCAACCUCUUAUCACCGUUGCAGAAAACGUCGAUGCUAAACUGGGUACUUACUCAUGGGCUAUCCCUGCCGAUUUUUUACCUGGGGACAACUUUGCUUUUAUUUUGGGUACCGCACCUAACGUCUCUUACACCGGUCAAUUCACUGUCAAAAAUGCAAACGCUGCUCCCGUCACCUCUAGCGCUGUUGCUGCUGCUUCUUCUGGAGCUGCUGCUGCUGCUACUCCUGCCGCUUCUGGCUCUGCCGCUGCUUCUGGUUCUGCUGCCCCCACCGCAUCUCCAUCUAGCUCCGCAGGUAACUCUAACAAGGCCGCUUUGGGUGCCGCUGCUAUCGCAGGUGUUGCUGUCAUGGCUUUGAUCUAAUUUAUACAUGUUUUACAUACUCUUUUUUACUCUGAUCCUUUCAACCUUUGUAUAACUCUUUCACGAUAAAAUUUUUAAUAACAAGAGAUGGUUUUUAUUGCUUGCCAUACUCAGAUAAAUAGCCCGCU